AUGGCUUCCGUGGCGGGUUGUGUACACGCCAAUGGCACGAAUGCAUGCCCCUCGGGUUCUGGAGAAGCAUCACAAGUCGGCAAAGCACUCUACUUCCAGUCGAACGAGCAACAAAACUCUAUUGUUUCAGUUCCUAUCGGGCGUGAUGGCAAGCUUCAUGGCGGUAUGGUCACCGCCACGGGCGGCAUGGGAGGGGCCAUCAUCGACGGGGCCACCAACAAACCAGCUGGUCCAGACGCGCUCUCGUCCCAGGGCUCGGUGGUAGUAAUUGACAAGUAUCUUUUUGCCGUGAACGCCGGAUCAAAUACUCUUAGCAUGUUCAAAAUUGACGAGGCCGAUGCCACCAGCUUGUCCAUGAUCGGGGAGAUGGCCGUUGUUCCUGGCGAUUUCCCCGUGACUGUUGCAGCCUCAAUGAAGCGGAACGUGGUAUGUGUCGGAUACACGGGGGCAAAGGCUGGCACUUCCUGUGCUUCGUUCACGCCAGAGGGACUCGGUCCGAUGAAGCAAGUCCUUGACAUUGAGCUAAGCCAGACCACACCUCCUCAAGGACCCACGAACACCCUCGCGCAAGUAUUCUUCACCGCGGAUGAUACUUGCCUGAUCACUACUGUCAAGGGGGAUCCAAAUACCAAUAAGACGGGCUUCGUCUCCGUUCUGCCGUUCAAGGAUUCAUGGUCAUCUACUUUUGAGAGUCAUGAUGUCCGAAGCUCCCCAUCCGGAACCGCAGUACUCUUUGGUGGUGUCAGUAUCCCCAAUACUUCGGAUCUUUUCAUAACGGACGCAUCCUUUGGUGCCGCACUUCUCAGCCUCAACCCGACUACAGACAAUGUGUCUCUUCAGCGCAAAAUUGUCAUCGAAGGCCAAAAAGCAACAUGUUGGGCUGCUUAUUGCCAGGCAAGGGAAAGUGUCUUUGUUACGGAUGCGGCAGAGGACCGACUGAUUGAGAUCAGUGAAGAUGGAUCCAAAAUCCUGUCAAUCCUCGACUUGAAUAACGGUGAUCCUGGACUCAUCGAUCUCCAAAUCUCUGGUCGCUUUGUUUAUGCACUUUCUCCGGGCAAUGAUACGACACCUGCCGCAAUCACGGUGGUGGAUUCGUUCCAGGGUCGGCAGAUUCAGCAUUUUAUGCUGGAGAAGCUUGGCGCGGGAAAGCGCUGUCAGGGUAUGGCUAUCCUUCAAUGA